AAUGUGUAUUAGUCGGGGGCGAUAAGGUUAGGGAUCAUGAUCAUCUGACGGGCAAAUUUAGGCAGACCUUGUGCUCUAGGUGUAACUUAGAGUUGCAACAGCCUAAAUUUGUCCCCGUAUUUUUUCAUAAUCUCUCAAACUACGACUCGCACUUCAUAAUAUCUGAACUUGGUUAUGAUACUCAGACUAUCAACGUUAUACCGAACAGUGAGGAGAAAUAUAUAUCUUUUUCGAAAUAUAUAAAUAGUACCUUCACUGUUCGGUUUAUCGACUCGUUCAGGUUUAUGGCGUCGAGUUUGUCGUCCCUGGCCGAAAAUUUAGUUACACCCGAACAUGAGAACUUCCGUGAGACAGCUAAACAUUUUGUCACCGGAGAUAUGUCACUCGUGACUCGGAAGGGUGUGUACCCUUACGAGUACACGGAUAGUUGGGAGCGGCUGGAAGACAGGAGAUUACCGAGGAAGAGGGAUUUUUUUAGUACGUUGACGGAGACCAGUAUAAAGGAGAGUGACUUUGAGCAUGCGAAGGAGGUCUGGGACCACUUUGAUUGUGAGACGCUCGGGGAUUAUAGUGAUCUCUACCUAAAAAUUGACGUUUUACUACUGGCAGACGUUUUCGAAAACUUUCGUGACGUAUGCAUGAGGGCGUACAACCUGGACCCUGCUCACUAUUAUACAGCACCAGGCUUAAGUUUUGACGCCAUGCUAAAGUUCACAGGCCAAAAGUUGCAAUUGCUACACGAUUAUGACAUGUUGUUGAUGUUCGAAAAUGGUAUACGCGGUGGAUUGGUGCAGGCGAGUAAGAGGUAUGGAAAGGCGAACAACGAGAAGACUCCGGAUUACGACGAGACAAAAGAUAAAUCGUGGAUUAUUUAUCAGGACUGUAACAACUUGUAUGGAUGGGCCAUGUCGCAGUACAUGCCGUACGGUGGGUUCAACUGGGUUGAACCUACGUUAAACGGUUUGAAUGAUUUGGACGAUACCUCCCCCAUAGGACGAGUGUAUGAGGUGGAUGUGUCGUACCCACGACAUUUGCAUGAUAACCACAAUGACUUACCCUUUCUACCGCAAAAUAGUGUGCCACAUGGAUCGAAGGUGCGAAAGUUGAUGGCGACGUUCGAGGAGAAAAAAAAUUACAUAAUUCACUAUAGGAGCCUGCAGCAGGCCAUUAAGAAUGGACUAAUAGUAGAAAAAGUACAUAGAGUGAUACAAUUUAACCAGUCUAACUGGCUGGCUAAAUAUAUUGAGUUGAACACCGAGAUGAGGAAGAAGGCGAGGAAUGAUUUUGAAAAGGACUUUUUUAAAUUAAUGAACAACGCUGUAUUUGGGAAGACUAUGCAGUCUAAAAGAAAGGAGAUGAAGAUGGAGUUAGUGUCGUGUGAGAGGAGGUUACAAAAAUUAAUCAACAAGAGUACAUUUAAACACUGUACCAAUUAUAACGAAAACCUAAACGCUGUCGCACUGGAGAAUAAAAUUAUUAAAUUUGAUAAACCUAUAUAUAUUGGAUUCGCUGUACUGGAUGUAUCAAAAACGCUAAUGUAUGAGUACCAUUAUGAUGUCAUGCAGAGGCACUAUGGAGACAAAAUUAAAUUAAUGUACACUGAUACAGAUUCAUUGAUUUACCACAUACAAACGGAUGAUUUUUAUGCAGACUUGGCGACCAACCAUAACUUGUUGGACCGGAUGGACACUGCUAACCUGCCCACUGACCAUCCGUGUUAUGUGGCAGGAAGGAAGAAGACCCCCGGUUACUUCUCCGAUGAGGUAAACGGAAAUGUUAUUAGCGACUUCUGUGCGUUGAGAGCAAAAUCCUACGCUUUCAACGUAUAUACUGGACCGGAGGACAGACUUGGUGGUGAAAAGAUCAAGGCGAAGGGGAUAAGAGGUCAUGUGGUUAAAAACCACAUGACUCUUGAGGAUCAUAGGAAGUGUCUGUUUGAUGAAGAAGGAUUAGAAUUGUAUAGGGAAAACAUAUCAAUACGGUCAUUCAACCAUCAACUCAUGACCAUAAAGACAAAAAAAUUAACUUACAAUAGCUAUGACGAUAAGAGGGUGGUGUUAGAAGAUAAAGUCAACACACUAGCCCAUGGACACUAUAGUAUAGAGGAAGAUGACAUAUGGCCAGAGCUUGAGGAAGAUGGAGGGAACUGGAACGAUGAGGAAAAAGAAUUGAUGAGAGAGCUACUACAAUGUAUAACUUAA